AGCUGGUGCAUCCGCAUGGUCUCCAGCCCGUGGUUCGAGAGGAUCAGCAUCAUGGUGAUCCUGCUCAACUGCGUCACCCUGGGGAUGUAUCAGCCCUGCGAGAACAUCCACUGCACCUCCGACCGCUGCCAGAUACUGCAGGCCUUUGAUGCCUUCAUCUACGUCUUCUUCGCUCUGGAGAUGGUGGUGAAGAUGGUGGCCCUCGGGAUCUUCGGUCAGCGCUGUUACCUCGGCGACACGUGGAACCGGCUUGACUUCUUCAUCGUCAUGUCCGGGAUGGUGGAGUACUCUCUGGACCUCCAGAACAUCAACCUGUCGGCCAUCAGGACGGUCCGCGUGCUCCGACCUCUGAAGGCCAUCAACAGAGUGCCCAGCAUGCGUAUCCUGGUCAACCUGCUGCUGGACACCCUCCCCAUGCUGGGCAACGUGCUGCUGCUGUGCUUCUUCGUCUUCUUCAUCUUCGGCAUCAUCGGGGUGCAGCUGUGGGCGGGGCUCCUGAGGAACCGCUGCUACCUGGAGGAGAACUUCACCCUCUCCCCGGGGCUGGCCCUGCCGGGCCCCUACUACUCCCCUGAUGAGGAUGACGAGCGGCCCUUCAUCUGCUCACUGGCCGCUGAUAACGGCAUCAUGUCGUGCGGCGACGUGCCGGCGCGGCGGGAGGGUGGGCGGACCUGCUGCCUGGACCGGGAGGACGCUCUCCACCGCCAGAGCCUGGGGCUGGAGCCUGAGGGCCUGGGGCCCAACGGCAGCGGCCCCGGGGCUGGGGGCCUCUGCGUCAACUGGAACCAGUACUACACCCGCUGCCACACUGGGAGCGGAAACCCCCACAAGGGGGCCAUCAACUUCGACAACAUUGUCUACGCCUGGAUCGUCAUAUUUCAGGUCAUCACUCUGGAGGGAUGGGUGGAGAUCAUGUACUACGUCAUGGACGCCCACUCCUUCUACAACUUCAUCUACUUCAUCUUCCUCAUCAUCAUCGGCUCCUUCUUCAUGAUCAACCUGUGUCUGGUGGUGAUCGCCACCCAGUUCUCUGAGACCAAGCAGCGCGAGCACCAGCUGAUGCAGGAGCAGCGCGCGGCGUGCCUGUCUUCCUCCACGCUGGCCAGCCUGGCCGAGCCAGGUGACUGCUACGAGGAACUCUUCCAGCUCGUCUGCCACGUGCUGCGGAAGGCCCGCCGCCGCUCAUCCGCACUCUACUACACACUGAGGGGCCAGCCCCCGCCGCCCACCGGGGCCCGCAACAACCGCCGCGCCGGGGGCUGUGCGGGCAGAGGAGGAGGAGGAGGAGGAAGCGGUGGGAAUGUCAACGGGGGCCGGCGCCACUCCAAGCAGCUCAGACCGUCUCCCUGUCCUCACCAGCCCCGCCCCACCCCGGACCAGGGCAGCCCACCCCUGCUGGCCCACUCCCCCGUCCCCCUCUCCGUCUCUCCCCAGCCCGAGGACUGCCCCCUGUGUGCGUUGUCACUCAAAGAGGGGGCCGGCGCGGCGGGUGACUCGGCCAAUGGGGAGGAGGAGGAGGAGGAGGAGCCGGUGGAGGGGACGGAGAAGGAGCAGAACCAGCUGGAGGAAACCAGAGAGGGAGAGGGGGAGGCCGGGGGGGGAGGAGCCAGAGGGGGGAGGGGGCGGGUGAGACCCAAGAGGAGGAGGCGGAGGAGGAGGAGGACCUGCCUGGGGCGCCUCAAGGACCUCUGGGACGAGACGAGAAGGAAGCUGUGGGGCAUCGUGGAAAGCAAGUACUUCAGCCGCGGCAUCAUGAUGGCCAUCCUCAUCAACACCAUCAGCAUGGGCAUCGAGCACCACAACCAGCCGGACGAGCUGACAAAUGUGCUGGAGAUCUGCAACAUCGUGUUCACCAGCAUGUUCACCCUGGAGAUGGUCCUGAAGCUCACCGCCUUCGGCUUCUUCGACUACCUCAGGAACCCCUACAACAUCUUUGAUGGCAUCAUUGUCAUCAUCAGCGUGUGUGAGAUCAUCGGGCAGGCGGACGGCGGGCUCUCGGUGCUGCGGACCUUCCGUCUGCUGCGGGUAAUCAAGCUGGUGCGCUUCAUGCCGGCGCUGCGGCGCCAGCUGGUGGUCCUCAUGAAGACCAUGGACAACGUGGCCACCUUCUGCAUGCUCCUCAUGCUCUUCAUCUUCAUCUUCAGCAUCCUGGGGAUGCACAUCUUCGGCUGUAAGUUCAGCCUGAAGACGGAGGCCGGCGACACCGUCCCCGACCGCAAGAACUUCGACUCACUGCUCUGGGCCAUCGUCACCGUCUUCCAGAUCCUGACCCAAGAGGACUGGAACAUGGUCCUUUAUAACGGCAUGGCGUCCACUUCCCCCUGCGCCGCUCUCUACUUCGUGGCGCUCAUGACCUUCGGGAACUACGUCCUCUUCAACCUGCUGGUGGCCAUCUUGGUGGAAGGCUUCCAAGCGGAGGGCGAUGCCAACCGCUCCUACUCAGAUGACGACAGGUCCUCCUGUAACUUUGAGGAGAACGACAAGAAAGACUUGCUCCGCCUGUCAGACCCUAAGAUCUGCACCCUGACCCCCAACGGCCACCUGGACCUGCCCCUGGUCCCGGCGCUGUAUCCCAGGGAAACCCUGUUCCCCGGGGAGACCCUGUACCCCGGGGAGACCCUGGCCUGGUUGGGGGCCCGCAAGACCAGCGUCAUCUCACUGGGCCGCAGCGACCUGGAGCAGAGGGGACUGUAUCUCGACCGGGGGUACCACCACCCCCACCACUGGGGUCGGUCCCUGGAGCCCCGCCUCCAGGGGCGGGGCAGCCUCCGUGUGAGGGGCCCGCGCGCCGCCUCCUCCCCCCACCACUACCACCACCACCACCCCCACUGGGGGCCCCGGGACGAGGAGUCGCUCCUCCUGCAGUUCGGCCCUCCCCCCUCCUCCCCCCGCCCCCUCCACCUCCCCCCCCUGCUCCUCCCGGGACACUUCGUGCCGCGGCGGGACCGCCGGGCCCUCUCCCUGGAGCUCCCCCACCUCCUGCAGCUCCCCACCCCGCCUGGCCUCCCUCCCCUUCCCCUCCGGUCCCCCCCCCUCCCGCUCCUCCCCCCCGGCCCGCUCCACGCCCAGCCCCGCAAGAAGAGCUGCACCGGGGGGCUGCUGAUCGGGGGCGGGGCCGGGGGCGGGGCCCUGGCCUCCGACCACCAGGACUGUAACGGGAAGACCCCCCUCGCCCAGCCCCAGCUGAUGGCGGAGGUCUUCCCUCAGGUCAACACACGCAGGAAGGACCAGGAGGACCUGGACGACGAGACGGACUACAGUCUGUGUUUCCGGGUGCAGAAGAUGCUGGAGGUCUACAGACCGGACUGGUGUGAGACCAGAGAGGAGUGGUCCGUCUUCCUCUUCUCCCCGGAGAAUAAGUUCAGACAGCUCUGUCAGGCCAUCAUCGCCCACAAGCUCUUCGACUACAUCGUCCUGGCCUUCAUCUUCUCCAACUGCAUCACCGUCGCUCUGGAGCGGCCAAAGAUCCUGCAGGGCAGCCUGGAGCGAGUCUUCCUCACCAUCUCCAACUACAUCUUCACUGCCAUCUUCGUGAGCGAGAUGACCCUCAAGGUGGUCUCCAUGGGCUUCUACCUGGGGGAACAGACCUAUCUGAGGAGCAGCUGGAACGUCCUGGAUGGCUUCCUGGUGUUCGUGUCCCUGAUUGACAUCGUGGUGUCCAUGGCAGGCGGGGCGAAGAUCCUGGGCGUGCUCAGAGUGCUCCGGCUGCUGCGGACACUGCGCCCCCUCAGGGUGAUCAGCCGGGCUCCGGGCCUCAAGCUGGUGGUGGAGACGCUGAUCACGUCCUUGAAGCCCAUCGGGAACAUCGUCCUCAUCUGCUGCGCAUUCUUCAUCAUCUUCGGCAUCCUGGGAGUACAGCUGUUCAAAGGGAAGUUUUUCUACUGCUUCGGACUUGACGUCAGGAACAUCACCAACCGAUCCGACUGCCUGCAGGCCAACUACAAGUGGGUCCACCACAAGUACAACUUUGACAACCUGGGACAGGCCCUCAUGUCCCUGUUCGUGCUGGCAUCCAAGGAUGGCUGGGUGAACAUCAUGUACCACGGACUGGACGCGGUGGGGGUGGACCAGCAGCCGGUGACCAACAACAACCCCUGGAUGCUGCUGUACUUCAUCUCCUUCCUGCUCAUCGUCAGUUUCUUUGUCCUCAACAUGUUCGUGGGCGUGGUAGUGGAGAACUUCCACAAGUGCCGGCAGCACCAGGAGGUGGAGGAGGCGAAGCGCCGAGAGGAGAAGCGCCAGCGACGCAUGGAGAAGAAGAGGAGGAAUGCCCAGAAACUUCCGUACUACUCGAGCUACAGCAGAGUCCGUCUGAUGGUUCACACCCUGUGCACCAACCACUGGCUGGACCUCAUCAUCACCUUCAUCAUCUGUUUCAACGUCAUCACCAUGUCUCUGGAGCACUACAGCCAGCCCCGUUCUCUGGACCUGGUCCUGAAGUACUGUAACUAUUUCUUCACCUCCACCUUUGUUCUCGAGUCGAUCCUCAAACUCAUCGCUUUCGGCUUCCGCGGCUUCUUCAAAGAAAGGUGGAACCAGUUGGACCUGGCCAUCGUGCUGCUGUCUGUGAUGGGCAUCACUCUGGAGGAGAUCGAGAUCAGCUCCGCUCUGCCCAUCAACCCCACCAUCAUCAGGAUCAUGAGGGUGCUGCGCAUCGCACGAGUGCUGAAGUUACUGAAGAUGGCCACUGGAAUGCGCGCCCUGUUGGACACAGUAGUUCAAGCCCUGCCUCAGGUGGGUAACCUGGGCCUGCUCUUCAUGCUGUUGUUCUUCAUCUACGCCGCCUUGGGGGUGGAGCUAUUUGGAGAGUUGGUGUGCAAUGAGGACUACCCGUGUGAGGGGAUGAGUCGUCACGCCACCUUUGAGAACUUCGGCAUGGCGUUCCUCACCCUGUUCCAAGUCUCCACCGGGGACAACUGGAACGGCAUCAUGAAGGACACGCUGCGAGAGUGCCCGCCGGACCACAGCGGCGUUCCCGGCGGUAUUGCCGGGGGCGCCGGGGGUGUGGCCGGCGUGGACUACGCAUGCAACCCCAGCCUGCAGUUCAUCUCUCCGCUGUACUUCGUCUCCUUCGUGCUCACCGCCCAGUUCGUGCUCAUCAACGUGGUGGUGGCCGUGCUGAUGAAGCACCUGGACGACUCCAACAAAGAGGCCAAGGAGGAGGCGGAGAUGGACGCUGAGAUCGAGCUGGAGCUGGCCCAGGGCACCCUCUGCUGCAUGGGCACGCCAGGGUGUGGCGGCGGGGGCGGGAGUGCCCCCCCGGAGAAGGUCUGCCCCGGGGGGAAGGACAGAGGGGGGGGAGGGGGGGCGCCGGGGCGGAGGGACGACGAGGGCGGAGGCAGGAAGACGGCCCGUCACCGCGGCACCGCGCCCCCCCCGCAGCACGGACCCCUAGGCUCCUCCCACUCCAACCAGAAGCAGUACUCCCCGGCUCAGGAGAGCCAGUGGCUGGACAGCGUGUCUCUGCUCAUCAAGGACUCCCUGGAGGGCGAGAUGCAGAUGAUUGACAACCUGUCGGGCUCUGUCUUCCACCACUACUCCUCCCCGCCCCCCGUCUGCCGGGACUGCAGGGUCCGCACACAAGAGAUCCAGAUGGCGGAGAUCGAGCAGGCCUCCCUGAGGUCGGAGCCGCAGUCUGACAAGUCGUCGUCGCCCCCCCCCCUCCCUGACGACCUCAGCCUGGAGGAAGGCGCCGGCCGCUACCAGCUGCUGCUGCACAGCGACCACAAGGGAGCCAGGAGCAACAGCGACUCCCAGAGCUCAGAGGAGGCGGGGGGCUUCCACCAGGCAGGAGACACCCAGACCCAGACCCAGGUGGGGCUGGAGCCCCCCUCCCUGAUCUCAGGAGAGGCCCAGAAGGAGGAGGAGGUGGAGGAGGAGGGGAGGGCGUUGAUGGAGCUGAUGGAGCUGGAGGUCCAGGCAGACCAGCACCAGCAGCACCAUCAGCAGCACCACCAGAGGAGCCCCGGGGGCGUGUCGAGCAGCAGGGGGCGGAGUGCCGAGGGGGACGAGGAACGCCGAGAGGGGUCCGGGGACCCGCUGUCCCGCUUCCGCCUACCGGUGGACUUCUUCCACCCAGUGGCGGUCCCAAUCCCGGCCCCGCCCCGCAGCUGCAGCCUGCGUCUGACCCGGGGCCUGAGGCUGACCUCGCCUGCCACCUGGGCCUCGCUGAGAUCCCCCGGGGCCCGCAACACCACGCUCUGCACGCAGCACCCGUCCCACAGCGACUCGUCCCUGGCAACGGGCAGCUCGGAGGGCAGCCUGCAGACCACCCUGGAGGAGGGCCUGAGCUUCAGCGUGUCCCCGCCCCGGAACCUGGACCCCCCCUUCCCCCUGGCGCCUCUCCCCCUCCUCUUCCCCUCGCUUACGUUGCACAGGGACGACCCCGCCGCCGCCGGCCCCCCCCAGGGGCCCCGGCCGCCUUCCGGCCUCACCCUCCAGGCCACCAGGGGCCACCAGAGGAGCCAGAGCAGCGGCCGCGGCAGCGCCAGCCCGGGCUGCACACGGGAGGACUCCAUGGACCCCUCGGACGAGGACCUGGGCAUCGGCAUCGGCCCCUCCCUGGGGGGCUGCGGCUGCGGCCAGGCGGGGAACAGCGAACACUUGUCAGAGACGCUGAGCAGCCUGUCGCUCACCUCGCUGCUCUCGCCCGGCUCCCUUGCGCCCCGCGGAGGCGGCGUGAAGAAGUGCAGCAGCACAGGGAGCCUUGAACAGGGGGGGGCGCUGCUCUCGUCACGGGGCAGGGAGGGCCACAAGGGGGUCCUGGGUCUGGAGCUCAUGGACCCUCAGGGCUUCCUGGCCAACCCCUCGAUGGGGCUUGGGGACGGGCGGGGCAGCGGGGGGCGGCGGGGGGACGGAGGAAGGGGCGGCGGGCACGAGUCCUUCAGCCUGAAGAGCUCCAACCAGACGCUGGUGGGGCCCCGCCGGAAGAACAGAUGA